ACAAAGAAGGGAUGGGAAAGAAAGGAAAAUAGUUUGCGGAGAAAUAAGAAAAAGGCUUCUAAUGGCGCCUCUCAGUUCUCACCCUCUCUCCUUCUGACUAUAAUCGAGUGAAAAAGGUGAUGAUUAUCACCGCCAUUGGGCAUUGCGCCUGGCAGGUACUGGUCAUCUCAAGCUACAGAGAAGAAAACCCCACUCCACAAAACUUCCUUGGGAAGUAUUGCAGUAACCUAGAAACAAACUCCCUUCAGCAGUCGUUACCUUGCCUCUUUCAGUGAGCUUAAAACCGUGAGGUUUGUGUUCGCCCAACUAUAGUCUGCGGUGUGGGUUUCGGCGACCAAUCUCGUCCCCAAUUUGGUUCUGGAACUGAAAAGGAACCGAAUCCCAAGCCCUAACUUGAAGCUCUGCUGCACCAAGGAUCCUGUCCACUAAGCAACGCAGAGAAAAAUCGAGGGUCUCGGCGGUUUCAGCAUUUUGGCUCCCGCCUUUUCGUGAACAAGAAGUGGCAGGGAUGAACGGAAUGUGCGAAGCAAGUGCCGAUAGAAUUACCAACCUUCCUGUGGAGGUAAUACAGCGGAUUCAGUUAUUGUUGCCCACCCGACGUGCUGCCCAAAUGGCCACCUUGUCAACAAAGUGGAGGCGCCAUUGGAGAAGUAUCCCUCAACUUAAGUUCUUUGCUGCCAACUCAGCUGAUCAAGAUGAGAUGAUGAUGAUGAUGAACAAGUUUAUGUUCACCGUAUACAAAGUUCUCUUGCUUCAUGAUGGGCCAAUAACAAAUUUUAAGCUUGCGUUUGGUGGAUUAAGCCCCUGCUUACACAAUGAGAUUGAUCAAAUCAUCAUCUAUCUUUCUGAUAGAGGUCUCCGUGAGUUCACCCUUAGCUUUCCUUCCCCUGACAGUGUGAUUUACAAUUUCAACUUCUAUGGGGAGUUUCAGAGAAUCUGCUUCAAGGGUACUCCACGUCUGAAGGAAGUUACUAUUUUUGACUAUAAACACAAUGAAAACGUCGAGACGACUCCAGAUAUGGUAGCUUUCUUUGCUUCUCUGCCAACACUCCAACGAUUUUCUGCUGACUUUAAGUUCUUAGAAUACCUUGCUGCAGGUUAUAACAACGUCCCCACCAAGCUUCCUGCUCCUCUGCACAAGUUAAAAUUCCUCCAGAUCUGUAAUUUUGACUUUGGCAGCUUGAGGAAUGUGCGUGCUAUUGUUUGUCUGAUUAUGAGUUCCCCCAAUCUGUUUGAGCUCAAGAUUCAGAUGGACACUGAGCUAAAUCAGCCUGCAACUAAUGAUGCAGUACCAAGCUUAGUAACCUUGUUGGAAGCAGAACACUGCGGUGGAUCCGGUUGUUGUUUGCAGCGCCUUAAAGUGCUCGAGGUCGCAUAUGUUCGUGGGACACAGGUUGAGUUGGAGCUCGUAAGGUUCAUACUAGCCACUGCCCCACUACUUGAGAGGGUUCAUAUUUUACCCUGUCGCCGCAAGUUGAAGCUCAGAAAGGCUUUUAAAUUCAUAAAGACGAUGAUGCAGUAUAAGCGUGCUUCUAAAGAAGCUGAGGUCAUAUAUGCAGAGACUUACUCGGCACUGCGUCGUUAAUUGUCAUUCAGCGGUCAUUGCAAUAUCAUCUUCUGCAUAUCAACUCCGGGAAGGAUGCUCUGGGGACAUGUGGGAAUCUCUGUUGUAGCUUGGUUUAAUAUUAGUUUAUAUCCUUGAAUGCAAGUAGUUAUAAGUUUGGAACAAAAGUUUGACAACCAGCUGGAUCCUAAUGCCUGUUGUUUUAACGUGUUAAUGACUAGUGUUAAUUAUGUAUGGAGGAACAUGAAAUGUGCAAGGCGUUGUAGUGUUAGUAUUUGUAAGAAUACUGUGAACGUUCAUGACUCUUGAGUUUCUGUUUGUCAU